UGGACAUUGUGCAACACUAUACGUGGGCGGUGAACAUGGACAGAUCGAUCGUAGAAGCGAUUCUUGCUUGAAGCGGGUGUUUAUGAUGUCAACAUGUAUUUCAAACACUUAUUAUAUUUUACGUAAAGGAACCUGUGAAUGAAGUAAUGUACACUAAAAGUUUACGAGACAAAAUACGCCUAAAACUCGGACAUCAGAUGAAAAUGUUGUUUUAUACACGUCGUUGAAGGAAAUUGUUUUUAUUCGUGUUCUAAGUUUUUAUUUCUUCGCGAUACUACGCGGUGAUAAUGAGUGUCAAAUUUAGCGUUUUAUUAGUGUUUAAAUAGUGUUGAUCUGGUGUUAUACAUAGGAAGUGGUUUGGAGACUCGCAAACAUGGAUAUCAGGGAGAGAAUUGCGCGUUUCUUUCACACGCGUAAUGUGAUGGCGCCGUUCUCCCGGUUCUACCGGGCCAUGGUGCUCAAGAUGAACCAGCAUGAAGAUGAGGCGACGACAUCGGGCCUGACAGAUGGCCCGCCGCUCGAACAGAACAGAAUCAUCUUCGUGAACAGUCCGCAGCCGAUAAAGUUUCUGAGCAAUCGAAUAUCUACGGCCAAAUACAGUGUCCACUCGUUCAUCCCGCUGUUCCUGUUCGAGCAGUUCCGGCGCUACUCGAACUGCUUCUUCCUGCUGAUCGCGCUGCUGCAGCAGAUCCCCGACGUGUCGCCUACCGGCCGCUGGACCACGCUCACGCCGCUCAUCCUCAUCCUUAGCGUGAGCGCCAUCAAGGAGAUCGUCGAGGACUUUAAACGGCAUCGAGCUGACGAUGAGACGAACCGGCGCAGGGUGGACGUGCUGCGCGAGGGUCGCUGGCACACCGUGCGCUGGGAGCAGAUGCUGGUGGGGGACAUCUGCAAGAUCGUCAACAACCAGUUCUUCCCGGCGGACAUCGUGCUGCUCUCCUCUAGUGAACCUCAAGGCAUAUCGUUCAUCGAGACGUCGAACCUGGACGGGGAGACGAACCUGAAGAUCCGGCAGGCGCACCCCGACACGGCGCGGCUCGACAACACGCUCGCGCUCACAGACUUCUCCGCCACCGUGCAGUGCGAGCAGCCCAACAGGCAUCUCUACGAGUUCAACGGGAUGCUGAAGGAACUUAACUCCAAAACGAUACCGCUGGGUCUCGACCAGAUGCUGCUGCGCGGCUCCAUGUUGCGGAACACCAACUACAUAUACGGCGUCGUCAUCUACACCGGACACGAGACCAAACUCAUGAAGAACUCCACUAAAGCCCCACUAAAACGUUCGUCGAUCGACCGUCAGACGAACACGCACAUUCUGAUGCUGUUCAUCAUCCUGCUGACGCUGUCGCUGCUCAGCGCCGGCUUCAACGAGCUCUGGAUGAAGUCGCACUCCGACUGGUAUAUAGGACUAGAAGAAGCGCAGAAUGCACAUUUCGGAUUUAACUUUUUAACAUUUUUGAUAUUGUACAACAAUCUUAUACCUAUAUCGUUACAAGUUACCGCUGAAAUAGUUAGAUUUUUCCAAGCAAAGUUCAUAGCGAUGGACAGCGAGAUGUACCACGAGCCGACGGACACGCCGGCCAUGGCGCGCACGUCCAACCUCAACGAGGAGCUCGGCAUGGUCAAGUACGUGUUCAGCGACAAGACCGGCACGCUCACCUGCAACGUCAUGGAGUUCCGCAAGUGCUCCAUAGCCGAGAUAAUUUACAACUGCCCGGGCCCGAACGAGAAGCUAGAAGACACGCUGCUGUACCAGAACCUGCAGCGCAACCACCCGACGGCCGGCGUCAUCCGCGAGUUCCUCACCAUGCUGGCCAUCUGCCACACCGUCAUCCCCGAGCAGAACGGCGACAAGCUCAGCUACCACGCCGCCUCACCAGACGAGCGCGCGCUGGUGCUGGGCGCGCAGCAGUUCGGCUACGUGUUCGACCAGCGCACGCCCAGCGCCGUGCGCGUGCGCGUGGGCGGCGACACGCACGAGUACGCCGUGCUCAACGUGCUCGACUUCACCUCCGCGCGCAAGCGCAUGUCCGUCAUCGUGCGCACGCCCAGCGGUCAGAUCAAGCUGUACUGCAAGGGCGCGGACUCAGUGAUCUACCCGCGGCUGUCGGGCGGGCCGGGCCGCGCCAAGCACGCGGCCGCUACGCUGGCGCAUCUGGAACACUUCGCCACGGACGGGCUCAGGACGCUCGUCUUCGCCGUCGCGGACGUACCCGAAAAUGUCUACCAGGACUGGUCAAACACGUACCACAAGGCGAGCAUAGCGAUACAGGACCGAGAGCAGAAGAUCGAGGAAGCUGCCAGGCUCAUAGAGAACAACCUGCGGCUGCUCGGCGCUACCGCUAUAGAGGAUAAACUGCAGGACGGCGUCCCGGACACGAUAGCGGCGCUGCUGAAGGCCAACAUCAACGUGUGGGUGCUGACGGGGGACAAGCAGGAGACCGCCAUCAACAUCGCGCACUCCGCCAAGCUCAUACACACCGGCAUGCCGCUCAUCAUACUCAACGAGGAGAGCUUGGAUGGUACCCGCGAAUCGAUAUCCCGUCACAUAGUGGACUUUGGCGACAAUCUCCGCAAGCAGAACGAAGUGGCUCUCAUCAUAGACGGCAAGUCCCUCAAGUAUGCGAUGGGCUGUGACCUGAAGAAGGAUUUCCUGGACCUGUGUCUAUCGUGUAAGGUCGUCGUGUGUUGCAGGGUCUCACCUAUACAGAAGGCAGAGGUGGUGGAGAUGGUGUCGGUGGCGACGGGCGCGGUGACGCUGGCCAUCGGCGACGGCGCCAACGACGUGGCCAUGAUCCAGCGCGCCUCCGUGGGCGUCGGCAUCUCCGGCGUGGAGGGGCUGCAGGCCGUCUGCGCGUCCGACUACAGCAUCGCGCAGUUCCGUUUCCUGCUGCGCCUGCUCCUAGUGCACGGUGCUUGGAACUACUCCCGCAUCAGCAAGCUGAUCCUGUACUCCUUCUACAAGAACAUCUGUCUUUACGUCAUCGAGCUCUGGUUCGCAAUAUACUCCGCCUGGUCGGGUCAGAUCCUGUUCGAGCGGUGGACGAUAGGGUUCUACAACGUGAUAUUCACCGCGCUGCCGCCGUUCGCCAUCGGUCUCUUCGAUAAACUCUGUUCGCCUGAAAUUAUGUUAAGGCACCCGAUCCUGUACAUCCCGUCGCAGCAGGGGCUGCUGUUCAACGUGCGCGUGUUCUGGGUGUGGGCCAGCAACGCGCUGCUGCACUCCGUGCUGCUGUUCUGGCUGCCGAUGCUGCUGGCCAGCCACCACGUCCUGUGGCCCAACGCCCGGGACGGAGGGUACCUCGUCAUGGGGAACUUCGUCUACACCUACGUGGUCCUCACGGUGUGCCUGAAGGCGGGCCUGUCGACACACUCGUGGACGUGGGUCACGCACUUCGCCAUCUGGGGCUCCGUCGCCUUGUGGUUCAUGUUUAUACUCAUAUACAGCAACAUCUACCCGACGAUCCUGAUCGGCGCGGUCAUGCGCGGCAUGGACCGCAUGCUGUUCAGCUCGCUGGUGUUCUGGCUCGGCUUGGUGCUCAUCCCCAUCGCCACGCUCAUACCAGACGUGCUCGUCACUGUCGUGCACAACUCUGCCUUCAAGUCGAUGACGGAAGCCGUUCGAGAGAGCGAGAUAAAGCAGCGCGAUCCCACCGCACUGCUCACACACCCACGACACUCCCUCACGGAGACGGCGCGCCUGCUGCACAACGUGCGCAGCGUGUUCAGCCGCCGCGCCGCCGCGCGCGCCGCGCUGGAGCUCGAGCUGUCGCGUGAGUACCCACGCAGCGCACUGCCGACGCCUACCACACAUAGAUACACGGUUUUAUUUACUGCAGACCUAAAUAAGGAUUCUACAAGGUAUUACCCACUUACAUUGAUUUCGUUUAGAAGUUCUCAGUUCACACAGUUUGUGUUAUACCACGAUUGUGUAGUACCAUCACGCUGAUUCAGUUAGAAUCAUUUUGUGUUCAUUUUUGCCGUUUUGUUUGUACACUUGUUUCUGAUUCAUUAUCCGAGGGUGGCGAUGCCGGGGUGUGUUGUAACUUGUUGCGUAUGAUACAGAUGGGUUCGCGUUCUCGCAAGAGGAGGGCGGCAGCGUGUCGCAGGCGGACGUCAUCCGCGCGUACGACACGAGCCGGCCGCGGCCGC